AUGGAAACGGUCGCGAUGGAAACCCAGCAGCGGUUCCCUAUCAUGGAGUUGGUGCCCGAGCUGCGUCAGGCUGUGGCAUACCAGUGCGAUAGCAAGACGCUGGAGCAACUGAUUGGCACCUGUCGUGCCAUGAUGCUGGAUAUUUUCAUCCUCCCUGAGCCUUCUUCGGAGCUCGGUAGCUUAGGUUUCCAUGAUACCCCCAAACCGGAACCCGAGGCCUCCUUGUUCGGCUUUGCCGAUUUCCUCCGCGGCAUGCACUGCCUCAAGGAGAUAUUCAUCUGCACAGAUAAUCCCGAAGGGGGUGCUAGCCAGAUUAUCGAAAGCCUUUGCCAGAGCGAAAUCACACUGGAACGCGUCAAAGCCUUCUGUCCUCUCAUCAUUAAUGGAUAUCUUGACUAUGGGGCGUCUCUUGUGACGUUCGACGACGAGCUGGGCUUCCUGGAGGGCAACGUAAAGGGCCACAACAUCAAGCACGUGCGAUUCUUUCCGAGUGAUGGUGUAAAAGUCAACGGUUCUCAGCUGGCGCGGCUCUUCUUCUAUUUUCCGAAUAUCGAAAACCUCGUCGUACAUGACCCCGAUACAGAUUUGGUGGCUGCUGCUGGUCUCGCCGGAUCUCUGAAGAAGUUUCAACGACUGACCAGGUUUGCCCUCGAGCUGAAAUGGCAAACGACCCAGUUUUACGAUCUCUACCAUCCCGCCCGAGACCUAGACAAGCAAGGAAUGGUGCGCGACAUUGAUGUCGUGCAUCUUACAGAUUGGUCUAUUGGCAACAAGUGGCCCAGGAGUAUUCUUGGUAAAUGGGAGUGGAAACGGCAACAGAUCGGUCGGAUAACCCGAACCCCCAACUAA